UUCAGGAAGCCUCUCACACACCGCAGUGGAAAGCAGGGUGGCUGCUUGUGCGCUCGGCCAUGCUCUGAACGAUGGUGCAUCAGGAGAAAUGUGUUUACCAGGCCCAGAGGAUUGAGAGGGAGUCCAUCAGACAGAAACUGGCCCUUGGCAGUUUCUAUGACGACGGGCCUGUUUUCUUCUCCGGCAGCAGCUGCCCGUCCCCACGGUUUCAGGAUGGCGUGAACCUGCAGGUGUGCUUUGUGAAUGACAGCAGCAGUGAUAAGGACAGCGAUGCGGAGGACAGCAGGACAGAGACCAGCCUCGACACACCCUUGUCUCCUGUGAGUAAGCAGAGCUCGUCUCUGUCGGACCGGGACACUGGUGAGGAAGAGGAAGAGGACGGGGAGUUUUGGCGGCUGCAGCGGCGGCUUGAGGAGGAAGCACGCGGGGCUCUGGCUCUGGCUCGGCCCAUGGCACGCAUGCAAGUGCAGGUGGAGAGACAUGUGCAGCUACACCGCAGGUCUCCGGUGGCCGAUCUGUUGCCGCACAUGCCACACAUCAGCGAGAGUCUGAUGAAGAGGAGUCUGAGGCCUGUGGACCUGAGAGACAUGAGUCUGGGUCAGUUACAGGUCAUCACCAACGACCUCCACUCACAGAUACAGGGUCUAAACGAGGAACUCGUCCAGCUGCUGCUCCUGAGAGAUGAGCUACAUGUGGAGCAGGACGCCAUGCUGGUAGACGUGGAAGACCUGACCAGGCAUGCGCACAGUCAGCAGAGACACAUGUCUAAAAGGAAAGGUGCCUGCUCCCUGUGACCGCCCUCCAGUCUGAAGCAGCAUUUAAAACUCAUCUUAACUAGACAUGUGUGUUUCUUUUCAUGUGUUCCGAAUUUUGUGUGGAUGUGUUCGGUAUCAAUCAGUCACGCUGUAAGCUUCCAUGCAUGCUCACGCUAAAGCUAAAAGAUCGUCGGCGGUUUGAACUCAAAAGACCUUAUUCUGAACAGGACGUCUAUAGGAAAUGCAAGAUAUUGCAGGAAGUUGUGAAAAUCCCUGACGGAAUUCUAAUUAUAGUUAUAAUUCUAUAACGCUAGUUAUUAUAUCAUUAUAGUUCUAUUUUUGUAAUUGUAAAGCUAUAAUGCUAUCGUUCUGGUUAUUCUAUAACUGUAGCUAAAUUCUAUAACUCCAUGAUUAUACAAGUAUUUCUAUAAUUAUAAUUUUAAUUUUAUAAACAUUGAAGUCUAGUUGUAGUUGUAUUCGUGACACUAUUGUGUAAUUAUAGUCAUGAUUCUAUAGUUAUAAUAACUGUUAAUAAUUCUAUAACUUUGGCAUUAAAGUUAUACCUUCAUAAUUCUGUAAUUCCUCAGCAGUUACAAUUCUAUAUUUUAGGCUUUACAUAAUAAAGUAUAGUUCUAUAACUAUUCAAUUAUAAUUCUAGUGAUUACAGAAUCAAAUUCCACACAAAAAGAAAAGAAUUUGAAUUAUAUCAAAACUUCUUGUGCUAUAAUGCUUAGUAUAUUUUCUAUAUGUUUGUAGUAUAUUUUUACAACUUUUGACUUCAUCCUUGGUUUAGUGGCAAAAUUUAUAGUAUCCAAUGAAUUUAAAUUUGUGAAGGUUACUUUUUACUCAUUAUUGGCAAUUAAAUAAUAAUUUCGUAUUUAAGGGUGAUGUUUGCUUUUAGUCUGUAAAAGACUCUAAAUGAGACUAGAUGUCAUUGGACACUAAUGUAUAAGACAGCAUUAACAAAAAUCCAAAUAAAGUAAACUAAUCCAGAUCAAGUAAUCCAUAUUUCUAAGUUUAAUUUGACCUAUUUCUUACUAAGAUUUUCUCAAGUUUAAAACAAAUUUUUGUCGGACAAUGUAUUUAUUUAAAUGCUUAUUUAUCUAAUAAUUCUAGCUUAUAGUAUUGUGUGUUUGCUAAUUAUAAUAAUCAUUUAUUUGCUAUAAAUAGGUCACACAAGAUACCAUUCCAAUACUGAAGCAGGGUUAAGAGCGUACAGGCUAAAUUUAAAUCAUUAUUAAUAAGUUAUGCAGCAAGCUUCUGUUUUUAGCCGCAAUCAUACACAAGAAAGAUUGCUUAACAACUAAUAACCAAACUACAGAUGCUUAUAUUUCCAUGGAAAAUGUUGUAUUAAUAAUUUAACUACGAACUACAGUAGCGUUGACCUUCACACUAACUCGCACUAGUUUAAACAUGAGCUAGCAGCUGUAUUAAAGUUUAACUGCCAUCAGGUGUAAAUAUAACCAAAUGAAAUUUCUGAUUAUCUUGAUAUUAACAUUCCUAUUACAAAUUAAAGUUCGCAGCAUCUUGAUUGCUAGUAAACAGUGUGCAUUUGCUAAGGUGUGCUAACCUGGCUAGAUACUACAAUCCAAUGUUAAAGCAAGGUAGAAUCAUUUUUAGCUGUGGUGACAGGUGUUUAAAUUAAAUGAAUGAAUAAAUAAAUAAAUAAAUAGAUAGAUAGAUAGAUAGAUAAAGAAAGAAAGAAAG